AUGAUCCUCCGAUCCUCCACCCUCCCCUUCAGCCACCUGCGCGCCUUCAGCACCUCCUCAACCCUGUGCGCCAAAUCCACAAAAUCCAAGCUCCUCUCUGACCACGCCAACGUCCCCCCCUACCCCUACGGCCCAAACCUCUGGUACAAACAGAGCAACCAUGGCCUCUAUGGUACCUUCUCCCCACCCUUCCCCCUCCUCCUCAUUAAUGCCACUAACACAAAGCACAACCCAGGCGGCGCAAUGAAGCAAUUCGGCAACAACAUCUCCGAGCGGACCGAGAUCAAAACCCGACGCACCUUCAAGCCCAACAUCGUCUCCAAGCGCAUGUUCAGCAAAGCGCUGAACCGGAUGGUGCGGGUGCGUGUCAGCACGCGCGUGCUGCGGACGAUUGACAAGGUUGGCGGGCUGGAUGAGUAUCUCCUCGGCGAGAAGGCGGGACGGAUAAAGGAGUUGGGGAUGAAGGGGUGGCUGAUGAGGUGGCGCAUCAUGCAGACGGAGGCUGUGAGGGAGAGGUUUAGGGAGCAGAGGCGGCUGCUGGGACUACCUGACAAGGAGGUGGAGAUGGUGGGCAUGAUGGGUGAGGCGGUUGGGGAGGCGGAGAUGAGGGAGCAGAUUGCGGGUGUGGAUCGGGAGUUGGAUGAGGAGGAGAGGAGAAUGCCGGGUGAAGAGGAGGUGAUAGAGGAGGGCGAGGCUCAGGCGGGCUUCAUGCAGGAAGAGCCGGCGGGGGAGCAGCGUGAGAUCGUUAGUAGGACGGGGACGAAGGCCGCGCACGCGGCUGAGGUGUAA